CCAGAUCAGGUCGAGCGCGUCUCCUGCGCACCGCGGCUCACUACCUGGACACCAGCUUUGUUUGGAUUAAGACUCAUGAACAGGGGGUGAAUAAUCUCCAGGGGACCGUUGACGCGGCGAAAAACGGCUGCUUGUCUCGCUCUGGGAUUUUCCUCAAUACAUACAUAUAUUUUUUUUCCUUUUUUGGAGAAAGUUUUUUGUUCCCACUUCUAUGAUUAUCCCGAAUCUACCUGGGAAAAGCUGAAGACUAUGACUCCGCGCGGAUACUUUUUUUCCUGGUCCAAAUGCUCCGCUCUGCUCUCCCUGAGGAUAUUGCUUCUUCUGCCCGCAGGUUUGCCGGUCAGCAGUCAGGGGGACUCCCAGUCCGACAACAAGGUGAUGGACAACAUCACAGUCCGGCAAGGAGAGACGGUCUUCCUCAGGUGCUCACAGGGGGACGUGGUCACGCACACAGCCUGGCUGAACCGGUCAAGCAUCCUCUAUGCCGGAGAUGAAAAAUGGUCAGUGGAUCCCAGAGUGAGUCUGGUGACACUUAAUCAAGAGGAGUUUACCAUCAAGAUCGAAGACAUCGACAUGACGGAUGAAGGCCAGUAUGUCUGCGCCGUCCAGACAAGCAGUCGACCGAGAACCACUGUCGUGCACAUCCUGGUCCAAGUUCCUCCGAAGAUCAUCAACCUCUCCAGAAACAUUGUGGUGAACGAAGGCGCCAAUGUCACUCUGCUUUGCCAAGCCAUGGGGAAGCCUGAUCCCUCCAUCAGCUGGAGAUUUAUCUCCUCUUCAGGUGACAUGGCAUCUGACGACGAAUACCUGGAAAUCCCGUCCAUCACCAGACAGAGAGCAGGGACGUACGAAUGCACUGCUGUCAACGAUAUCGACACCGACGUCCAGACUGUCGACAUCACUGUCAACUAUGCUCCAAGUGUGUUGGAGGGCAGAGAUGUUGGCGUGACUCUGGGCCAGAGAGGAGUUCUGGAGUGCGAGUCGGACGCUGUGCCUGAGGCUGACUUUGAGUGGUACAAAGAUGACAGAAGGAUUGUAAACGGCUUUGACGGCAUGGAAAUCGUCACCACUGGAUCUCUGUCCAAACUGACUUUCUACAAUGUGUCUGACGGAGAUUAUGGUAACUACACCUGCGUUGCGAUCAACAAACUCGGGAGCGCCAGCACCAACCUGCUCCUGUAUGUGGUAAUCGAACCCACUAGUUCAACACUAUUGCAAGGACCGAGAGCAGUUCAGGACGGCAGCGGCGCCGCCAUGGGAGUGCACUCACACACCUGUCUCCUCUUCAUAGCCAUCCUGCCAAUCCUGCUCCGAUUUUGAAGAGGGAUGGAUUUGAAUAAGAGCAUCAUGUGUGGCUGAGCGUGUGUGUGAGCGUCUGUCUUCUUUUCUCUUUUUUUUGUUUUUUUUUUUUUUUCCAACCGGAACCAUGAACUGAUGCACAUCAAGUGCAUGAAGCAUCCUGAAGUGAUGUUGACCUACUUUAAAAGCAACAUUUGUUUCUAGAUUAUGGAGGCUGUAACAAUUGUUUGACAUUUUAACCGGCGCUUACUCGAUGGUUUUAUUCUCUAAAUUAUAUUCCUUUGGAUUCUAUCUUUCUACGUAGAAAUAAGUAGGUUAAGCUGUAGUGAAUUUGUCUCGAUUUGACCCGCACGUUCAGCUCUAGGAAUUUUGAGCAAAAAGUGUGGGAGGUGAAUGUUAAAUACCUCAAAGUCAAACCUGGACGACGAAGUGGGGAUAAAAAAAAUCAGAUACCCAGAGGGCGGCAAACCUGCUCUUAUCAUACUUUCAACGUGUAAUAAGUAUCAUUCAGUCUGCUCGGUUAUGUUCUGCAGUCCAGUGAUGUUCACUUGAAGUUGUAAAAUGGAUUUUCUUUCCCUGGAUGUUUGUCUUUUUAGAUUUUAAAAGGGAAAAACUGAGAGUUGUAUUUAAUCAUGAUGCAUUUCCUAGUCUCAUGUUUGCUGUGCUUCUUCUUUUUGUCCGUGUCCUUUCUUCACAACAGUGUCAAGUAGAGUCGAAAUGGGGAGCUUCUCCUCUUCAAUGUCACUUUGACGUUUGUUCUUGGUCAAAAAUACAGUUUGGAAUCGGACACGGUGUGUUUUCAUGACAGUUUCGCGUGAAGUUGUAUUUAUAUUUGCUCAGUUUUGCUGACUUAAAAUGGCUGAAAGUGUCGAACAAUGUGUGUCAUCAUAGGAACAUUCGGAUCAGUUUUCAUGCUUUCAAAUAACCAUAUUGCGAUAGCAGAAGCUACUUUUUUUUCCAUAUUUAACUUUGCUAGUAACCAGAAGCACCAAACUUUAAAUGAGAAGAUAAAGCAAUGGGGAGAUUUAGAAUUUCAGUGUCUGCAUAUAUUAGCACAAUAUAAUGGUUUUCAUUGCUUCAGAAUUUUCAACAAUCAGAAGAAAACGCCCGAAAAAAAUGUAAAAAAAAAAAUUAAAACAGUAACAUUCACAAUCUACUGUCUCUGAAAGCCGAGCUAUUUUCUAAAAUGUGGCUUUUGAAAUAUUUCCCUUUUUUGACUUUGGUAACCCACAAAUAGAAGAACUUUUGUGGCGUCUUUCAGAGAAAAUGCACGGUUUAUAGAUGCUCGCAUUUCCAUUUAUUUAUUUAUUUUUUGGCACAAAUGGCAUCUGCUUGGGUGCUCGACCACCAUCAUUAUAAAAGUAAGUUUGUGGCUACAGAAGCAGCUUCAAUCUCACACCCCUUAGUUCUUGUUUUUCCUUACUUGUACCCACAUUUUGGUGCCACCAUAACAAUGCAUGCAUUUGCGCCACCCACCUUCAUCACUUUGGGGAAUGUCUUCUACUGGUUGUUUGGAAGAAAGGCCAAUUACGUGGUGCUUAUAUAAAUAUGUUUUUUUGUUCUUCACCCUGCUGAUGUGUUUGUGUUGUGCAGCUUCAGUUAACUGCAUUACUCAUUAAAGUGGUACUGUGGAGAGUCGAAGUGCGGCCAGGGUUUAUUUUCUAAGCAUGCUGCACUGAAAAGAACCUGCCAGAAAAUAGCCAAAUAAAAUCGUGGUUGGCCGUUUCAACAUAACCUCCCAUCAUUUUUAAACUGAGCGCUCCACCUUCUGAGCCCUGAAAAUGAGGACGGUGUUUCAUGAAGCUUCAUCUGCCCAUCACUAGCUACUACCAUCGAGCUAUGCUUCCAUGCUUCUGAAGCAGGGAUUUACUGAACUGAACUUGAUAACCUUCGAUUACAUUGCGAGACUGUCAGAGGCUACGGUUCAUUGCAGUCAUAUUGAGUUGUUAACAAGUAGUAAUGGGCCGAUGAGGCUUCAUGAAGCACUGUCUUCAUUUUCAGAGCUCUACAAAUGCUGCACUUAAAAAAAAAAAUAUGUGGGGUUUCACUGAAAAAUCUGUUCAUAUCGAUAGAUUUUAGAGGACAUAGUGCCAUCUAGUGGGCUCCGAAAAUGAAGCAGCGUCCUCACACUGUUUCAUGAAGCCUCAUAAGGCCAUCACUAUUAUGUCUCUGCCUGAGUCACACCCCACUUCCUGUGUUGCAUCUUCAGCAAGAGAAUAUAUGAAUUUGUCCAAGACUGUAAUACAGACAUUGUCAAAGAAGCAUAAGUCUACAUGUAAAAAACAUUUAAACUAGACCAUGUUUUAUGUGUCGCAGCAAAACUGGAGGGAAGUCAGUGGAAAGUGAGAUUUAUGAGUCUUUAUUAUUAAAUGGGUGAGAAAUGAGUCCACACUUGCAUCUGCUUAGUAUUAAACGUUUAAAACACCAUACUAGCAACAUGCUAGCGUAGGGGUUUUUCUUGAGCAAAAGGGACAUCACUUCUCGUCCUUGGAAUCAAAAGAUUCAUUCAGUCAUCCAAGCUACAUGUAAUUUUGAGUCCUGUAAGGUAUAUUUAAAAACACCCAAUGGAUUUAAAAGUCAAAAAUAAUUCACUUCAGUUCCGAAGAGCUCACACAAACGCCUCAUGUUCAUGUAUGUUCUUCCAUUUUGUUUUGUAGAACUUGAAUGUUAAACAGUCUUUUUAACGGUAUAAAGCAUCAACGGUGAGGGUUUAUGCAACGAAGACGGGGCAAGGGAAAUGAAAGCUUGUCAUUUAUCUCCUUUCAUGUCCCUCUUGUCGAUGACUGGCGGCACUUAGGAUCUGUCCCAGCAGUUCUGAGGGACACUGACGAACAGAUUUGGCUGCCUGACUGAUGCCGAGCGAUUUCUUUCUCUCCCGAUUAGCUCUCGGUCUCUGGUCGAUGAAUUGUUUCGCGGGGAGCGUGGGACUCCAUUACCAGGACGUCAAUCGAGGACCGGCCAAAUAAAGCGGUGUUUGUGAUGUGCUCUGAUUAUAUUAUGCUAAAUGAAUUUCAGGUUUGUCUUUCUAGCCAGAUCCCAAUUCGUACGAUUGAACAAAUUAAAUGGAUGAAUUAAAACUGCAAACUUAUUAUGAGUUAGAAACGGGAAUCAGUCUAUUUAAAAUUGAGUCUUGUAAAAGUCACCCUGCCUCUCAGCAGACAUACAAACUGGUUUGCAUUUGAGUGCAUGUGUAUUUUUGUUUCCCGCACAUCACUUGCUCUUGGGGCUUUAAAGUAAAAGCAUUUCAAUGAAGAUAAAACGGUGCAACAGGAUUAAAGCUAAACCAGUAAACAUUGGUUCUCAGUUUCAAUUGGAAUUCAGUGCAAAAAAAGGCUUUGUCUCCUCAGGACUUUGGUGAAUACAGGUGAGGCAAUUCAGCGAGGCACAGUCAGACUGUCCAUUAAGAAAAUAAAAUAAAUAAAUAAACUGGAUCCUGAAUUUGACAGGAAGCUAGUGCAGAGAGGCCAACACAGAGGUGAUAGGAUCAAGCUGUUUGGUGCUGCAUCCUGGACAAGCUGGACGCAGCAAAGGGAUCCCUGAUCGAUGCCAUGACACCAUCCACACAUUUCCAAUUGUCCUCUACCCACAGAAAAGUGCUCUCCUGCUCUCAGACGGCAACUUAUUUUUUACUAUUUCACUGUCCAUACUACUACCAUUGGACGUAGAAAUGUUUCAAUGGCGGUAUUCUGCUUUUAGAUUUGAGGCUACUGUAGAACAUCUCCACAUUUUUUUCAUUUUUUAUUUUUACCAGCUAGUCAUUUGUUCUCUUGUUGUUGUGUUGCCAAGGCAACUACCACAGCAUGCAUUCCUCAUCAGGACCAAGUUCUCCUUUGUGUCCAACUGUAUAAUAAACCACUGACACGCAAAGCCUUGAACACGUAGGUUGAAGGGGCUACUUUUUCCUUUUUUCUUUCCUAAUUAAUCCUCAUGAAAUGGACCUAGUAUUCAACAAUUUGUGUAUUGUGAAUGUUCAUUCAGAAUAAAUACAAUAUGAAAUGAGUUUAGAAAGAAAGUGCAGGAUACUAACUCAAUAUAUGCAGUUCUCAACUUGGCUUGUGCGAUGACACCAUCUUCAGCCAAACAGUGGGGCCAUUUAAACAGAGUUAAACUUGAAAUAAGUCAAGAAUUUUUUAGAAUAAAAGACAGACCAAACUGCAAGUUAUAAAUCUUGUUUGAGUUUUACCCGGUGAGUUGGUGGUGUGCUGGUGCCAUGAUUUAUCGACAGGCUUUAUACUCAAUGUUACGUAAGGAUCUGGAUGUCCGUGUUCUGCAUUUAUUUGGUUCCGGACCAAACAGAGCAGUACCACCGGAAACCAUGGGGGGCAGCGUUGCUGUUACUACACAAUAGGUAGCUCUGAUGAGACACAAAGAAGACAUAACAAUGGCGGAAAUUCUCCGUCCUCCAGUCACUAUGUAUUUAUUCCUAUAACGCUGCCUUUGUUUCGUCUUUUGUGCAAAAGCUGCAUUAUCAACACCUCUUCCACAACAGCCAUGUUUGCGCUGGAGUCUGUCGUUGUCAUACUACGGCUACCCCGUGGUGAAUAUAUCCGUUAACAGUAAUACCAACGUAAACGUUCACAAUAUGUGAAUUGUGACAGCAACAUGGUUUGAAAGAGACGGGUACAAUUUGUGCAUAAAGGGAGCUUAAAUGGGCCUUUAGGCAGGAUGUUGUUUGAUAUGGUACAUUACAACAUGCCCCUGUGGUUAUGUGCUGUGCUGGCAUACGUUUUAGUGUGGGCUUGAUCAAAAGAAAAUGACUAGUUUUGCCUUAAAAACUGCCAUCUUAAUACAGAUUUCCUUUAUCAAAAGCAACUUUUUUUUCGACUUACUUUGCAUGUGUGCGCGUAGUGUUAUGCUGGAGGGGAUAACUGAGGUUUACAAACAACAUAAUAGGUCUAAUGACUAAAGCCCCACUUCACAGUAAAUAAUACAUCUUCACAGUGCUCUAAAAUCAUCUCUUAGUUCUUAGACAUGUUUGACUCGGUGUGCUUGGACUUGUUAGCCCCUUGUACAAUGGGUUUUCUGUCUUUUGAAUUUAGCAUGUCACGUAUCUUUGUCAAAUGAAUAAAGACGUUUGAGGCGUCAUGUCCACAAUCCCAUCAUGCAUUUCUUUGCCCACGACUCAUUUUGGACUGUGUAAUGACAUGAUCAUUAUUGUGAUCUUACUUGAGUAAUAAUUCUUAUGUUCAUAGUGUGAAGACAUGUAGUGGAAAACUGAGCUGGUUUAAGAUGAAGUCAAGUCAGAUCCAAAGAGGGCCGUACCGUCCACUGAGGACAGAAUGCUGACAGAUGUUCUAACGCUGUGUUCAUCAUCACGAUGAUCACCUAAGAGACAGAAAACUCAGACUCAUCAUUUGAAAGUUGUCUGGCUAAACUCAUAUGUUUUUAGCCUAUGACAGCAAAAUGGCUUUUCAAGGAUUGUGCUUCUCUUUGUUACACAAGCCAUUAGUCAUAGAAAGUGAAUUGCAGUGUGGCGCUGUAUUUCUCCAACAAUGGUUGUGCAAAGGAAUAGGAUUCACAUUUUUCAGUCACAUCGAUUUUAGGUUUCUUUUCACAAGGUGAAAUGUUUCAUAAUAAUGGACACAGACAGAUUCUAAAUCUUGUAUGCCGCAUGUAUUGGAGGGAAUGAUGCCCAUGAAGAAGAUAUGCUGGAUAUAUGUCUGCUUUACCCUCUGUCUUCAUGAGAGCCCAAAGAUGGGUCCAUUGUGUCCAAGUUCAAAACUGUCUGGGUCUGAUCUUCUUAGUCUUCUGUCCCAGAAACUCUGCUUCUUUUUUUGUCUCCCUUAUCAUUGUGCUGCGUCCAGUGCACUUCGGUGGGGGCAGGACGAAGAGUCAACAACCAAUAGGAAUGGUUCUGACUACCAUAAGUGACUGCUGGUCGAUGACUGGAAUAGUCAACACCUCAUGAAUGAUGCCUCAAGCACAGGUUUUUGUGGCAAUACCACAGCAGCAAAUAAUGUCCAAGUCUGCCAUUGAGGGCGAAACCCACUGUACUUGUGGAAUGAAUAAAUAAAGAAAAAAUGAAACAAUUAUAACAACAACUAUAGUGAGAAUCCCACUAUACCCUGAAAAUAUCUAUAUGUUGGAUUAUUCAUUUUAAUCUGGUGCUUCUACCUAAACUAAACUAAAGGUUAGUCGUGUUGGUAGCUAACAUUUAGCUCAAGAGCCCGAAAAACAGAUGGUUACGUUUUUGUUUGACAUUACUUGAUGAAACGUCAUGACCUUUUAUCCAACUGGGACAAGGUGUUUAUCAUCCCUCAAUAUGAACCAGUGCUGCAGUAAUGUUUUCAAGGUUUUGGCCUCGGACUGGACUGCACUUGGUCUCGGUCCUGCAUGGGUCUCGGAUUUGCAUGACUUGUUUUUUAAGCAUGAAGUGUGCGAAAUUCUCUAGUUCUAUUUGAACCGAAUAAGUCUUGUUGUCAAUAUAAGCGCUACCAUGGGACAUAAAAAGGAUAGACCUUUUUGAAGACCUCCUUUUCAAGGUUUCAAUUCAGUCUUUUCGGUGACAGCCUCAACUAGGUCUUGGGAUUUGUGACCUUGUCUGCAACACUGACCAUACAAUUUUGCUAUGGUUUGAGGUGGCUUGGAGGCAUACCAGUAGGUCUUCGUCUGGUGGUGCUCUGGAACUAGUGAAAGGUCACUUCAAGGUCACAGGGCCUUUCGUCACAAUGGUUGCUGAAUAAAGACGCAGAUGAAGUGCAUUACUGUGCACUGUAACCUGGCUGAGGACCCGCUCAAGGCCAUAAGCACGGCAAAGUUAUGUCGACUGUGAUGGGACAACCAUCCAACCUCUCCAGAUAAGCAGAGUAGUUGCCUAUGUCAAUCAUCCACAGCAAUAAAUGAGACAAGUUUUGCUAAAAUACCAGUAUGCUGAAAGUUGUAAUCUGAGAGAAUGCAGCCAAGAUCUCUGAUCAGCACAAGCAAGGCAGUGACAGAGGGGAGAAUGUUUAUUUCGACAUAAGCGCCUUACAAACUUUUUUGGAUUCACAGAGUUUGUGUCAGAUUAUCACAACAUGGCAAAAUGACAUUCACUGAGCUGGAGGCCAGAUAUUAUAACAAACGCCCCUGGGUGUAGCGAGGAUUAUAGCAAAGCCCAACGCUUUAAGUAUCACCUGAAGUUGUCCCGCAAUUUCUCGCUCCAAAACAGUCAACACUAGUAGAAUUGUUCUGCGUAGAUUUGACAGCUACAGUAAGAUGAUCAAACAACCUUUGUUUUAUAUUAUUUCUCAGCUUCUUCUUAUGGUUUUGAUAUGCCGUGGUUUGUAGUGAUGGGCUUGUGAAGCUUCACGAAACAGUGUCUUCAUUUUCAGGGCCCAUGUAACACACACUGCUUAAGGCCAUUGCAUUUGAACAGCCAUUUCAAUGGAACCUCACAUGAAAUUGAAACAGAGAGCACAACCUACUGAGCUUUGAAAAUGAGUUCACUGUUUCAUGAAGCCUCACCUGCCAUCACUAGUUGUUUGAUUCAGCCCGAUAUUUUUUAAGUGUAAAAUUACAUGUAAACAAAAUAUAAUGUAGUCGUAACUUUCCUGCACAAGUUGGUGAAGUCAGUUGCUUUUGAGUCUGUCGUCUACAGUUUUGGCCUCUUGUGGCUAAAAAGGCAGCCAUCUUUCACUGAUCUCCCCCUGAGCUUUUGACUUUACUUUCUAUUCUCAUUGGCUUGCAGCCUCAAAGAAACAAAGGAACAGCCACACAGAUGUGGGACAUUAUCCAGUAUCACACAUUGGUUGUACUAAUAUCACCAAUAAACAAUACCCUGUUAAGAAUCUAGAAGGAGAAUCCAGGCAGUAGUUUCCUUUCAAAGACUAUCGCGGCAGCAGAUGAUGCCACAUCAGGCUUAUGCUGACUAAUACUUCACUUUUUAUUGUUCACAAUUCAGACGUAUUGUUGAGUCAGUGACAGCAUCCUCUUGUUGGGUUUUAAGAGGGAUCGUAAUAUUAUCUUCAAUGAAGCUUUGUCUUACAUCUACCUUGCUAGGUUUCAAGUUCCACUCUGCUUUUGUAUUAGUUUACUGUCCUGUUGAAGUACUGCAUUCCCAAAAGACUGUGGCCAGCAGGAUAUUUUUAUGCCUCCCUAUUUAUUCAGAAAUUUAGAGGAGGAAGAGACUGAGGGCAAACAGCCAUUAACCAAGGGACUGGGUGCAGACAAAAUAAAGCAGUGUUAUAUUUACAUUCUUGCAAAUGCACUGGUAAUUUGUUUCCGUUCCAUUAUGUCUAGAAUAUCAUUGGAAUAUGCUCUGAGGUGAAACUAGGGAAAUGCACAUUGGUAUUUAUGCUAAGAGGCACCAUAGUGACCCGGAUUAUUGGCCAUGGAGGCAAAUAGCUGAAGUGGAUUUCCUGUUUGCUUUCUAUUGUAUCUUGUAUCAUUGUUUUUUGGGGGAGAAGAAAAGAUAUCACGAAGUAUGGAGGGUUUUCUUUUGUGAAAAUUUUCCCCCUUUGUACACGACCCAACUAGAACACAGUUCACAAUCUGGCGUUAUGGAGACUGAGGAAAGUUAUGUUGAGCUCAAACUCACUGAUGACUGUAUUAGCGUUUACACAUUAGCAACUUUUUUUUUUUUAUCGAGCGUUCUCAGCUCUUUCUGUCACUGACAGUCACAAAUAAAAUGUUUUCAUUUUCUGUUUGACUUGGGCUACAAUGAGCGCUCGCUUAAACCUUUUUUUUUUUGUUUUUUGUUAUAUCCUUCUGCUUUGUAAAAUAACAACAGAACUUUAAAUGUAUUCACAAAAAAAUGAACCUUUUUUUUCUUCGUAUAUUAUUGUAAUAUUAUUAUAUUUAUGAGUCAGAUGAACAUAGAUAGUCAGACCAAUAAUAUCAGAGCACAGCUACUGAUAUGGAAAGAAGGGAAACACGUAAUGUGAAAAAUACAAGAGAAUGAGAUAUCGGUAGAAAGAAGUGACACCCAUUAUUAUAGGGGAAAGAUGAUAUCAAUGAAUUGUACUGAUGCAGUGAAAAUAUCAAAACAUCUGUAAACCAAACCACUUCUGAACUUUGAUAUGUUUGAUUCCUGAUAUUUUGUUGCGUUCAGAAGGGUCAGAUACUUGCAGUCUAAGGGCUGUACCAAGCCCAGUUAAGCUCAAAACUGCAGAGGCGACACCUGCACUUCCUGUUGACACUGACAUGCCCACUGUGCAUGGGUGGUCAUGCAUUUAAAAAUGUGCUCGGAUCCUGCUGAAGCAAAGCGAAAACUGUAGUUGUGUGGAUGUAGCCUAUGUCAGUCAGAUAGAAAAUAGGCUAUAAUAGGUUUCGGGGUGGAUCAGGACGGGGUUUGGAUGUGUUUACAAUUUUUUUUUUUUUUUUUUUUUUUUUUUUUUUUUCGUCUGUGCAAGGUUUGGGAACAUUUGUAAAAUAAAACAAGGUUUUUUUGAUAAGAGAAAGGCUUGUACAACUCCUGUCAGAUACUCAUUUUAGGUGUACUGUGUCAUUUGUGUAUAUGCAUUUGGAGUCUGGAUGGAGUUUUGAUAUCAAGCUGUGUGUCCCAGCUGCCAGAUCACUGCAGACGUUUGAAGGAUCCCGGUUCAAACUCUGCCCCUCUACCUGGCUGCAAGUUCACCACGCUCUCUCUUCAGACUGGAUCAUUGGUUCACAUGUAUUUUCUUGAUGAAGUGUGUGCUCAUAUUUAAGACUGAUAAUAAUAAAAAUGUUGUACCUUAACUGGCUCUUUU